AUGUCCACUCCGACUGCCAUCCCUCGCUCACCUAAGCGCAAUGGUAUCGUCGUGGAGCACGAGGACGGGCCUGUGGGAGACAACAUAUCGAAUCCUCGCCCUUUCACUCCGCAUGCCUUGCCUCCAGAUCUGCCGCGACUGUCGCUGUCGUCGACAUCAUCCAACGAAUGUCUGGAUACGAUGAUGCCUUCGACGCCGACCGACUCCUUGUUACCACUCACACCAGUCGAAGAAAAAGAAAAUUCCAUGAGCCUUCUGCUUGCCACUUCAACCGAGGCGCCCGUCUCCCUGCCUGGCUUCCACUUCUCCACCAUGGAUGAAGACGUCGACCCGGCCGAGUUCCAUCGCGUUGCUGCUCAGCUUCUGUCCGGCGAAGCAGUUCCAGACCAGUCGACUGUGGCCGACCACGUCGUCCACCCCAUCACCGGCAGGCGCAUCACCAACAGUCACACCACCGAUAGGCACAUCACCGAUAGGCACAUCACCGAUAGGCAACUCCACUGCGACCUGGGAAGAGAUCCAUCCGGGAGAUAUUGCUGCUCCUGUGGCAAAUCGUAUUCCACUUCCUUCCGUCUUCGAGAACACAUUAAACAAUGUGCUGGCACCGCGCAUCAUCCAUGUCCUACUUGUGACAACGUCUACGAGACGAGGGAGCAGCUCAACCGACAUAUCGCUUCGAGACACAACAACAAUCUGGAAUCGUGUCCGGAGUGUGGAAACCUGUAUCCUGCGCACCUACUCCCCAAGCACCUUGCGAGCGGCCUUGGUGGAUGCGACGGUAUGGUGCAGAUUCCAAUGCUGCAUAUGCCUGACAUCGACGAAACACACGAACGUGGGACACGGAAGUCGACUUCACAGCGCUACUGGAUCGACGAUGACGAUCACCGUUGGACCAACGCCCGCGCCUCGGCCCGUCAAUCCUUCCCGGACAGCGGAACGGAAGAAGAAGACGACGUUGUGGACCAGACAAUGUCGUACCUGAGACGGCUGCUCAAGAAACCGUCGUCGCGGCUGGCACGAGACACGUGCGAUCUUUGCGGCGCAACCUUCAGCGCAGAGACCGAUGGGCUCGCUCGGCACAUCGGUACUCACUCGUUGGAAUUCGCCGAGAAGCGACACAAAUGCGACGACUGUCGCAUCUUCUUCGCCAAUGAGAAGGAUCUCGAGCGACACGUACAGUCGGCCGAUUUGAAUCAACACUGUGGUUUCACAUUUCGCCAUGUAGCAGGCACUUGCGGUGGCCAUCAUCCACCUACCUACUUCAAGCCCUCGGCCACGAAUGAUCACGCUCUCAUGCAGAAACAUCUCUGGGCGUGGGAACUGGCGCAACUUCGAACGCACCGGGUUACCGUUGCGCGCCUCCUUGCUGAACGGCUGAACCGAACUUCCUCCAAACCCAUGACUCUACAAGACUGCAGGCGUACCUACGACUCCCUCUUGCCACACGUCAGUAUCGCAAGUCGAGAUAGCAUCGCUCCCGAAUCAAUCGGCGACGCAGACACGCUCGACGUCCAGCUCAGCCGCAUCCUCUCCGAAGCGUUCCCGGAACCGGACGCACGGAUGCUCGAGGGCAUUCCAGAAGCGGAAGCGGCGCCGGAGAUUCGUUCUGCUUCUUCCGUCGUUCCCGAUGGCGAGGUCAAGAAGCGGGUAUCGGAGCGAAGGAGCUGGAUGGGCUUUGCGACGAAGAGGAAAUCGCAUUCUAAUGGUGGGCUGGGGAGGGUCAGAGCGGAAGAGGGAGCGAAUGGGCACAAGAGGACUCAUUCGGGACCCAUUGGAUUUCUGAAGCAGGCCUCUCGGGAGGCGAGUAGGCCCCAGAGUCUGCCUAGCGCCCCCAGGACGAUGCAGGUCAAGGCUGUCUGA